GCCAUGACCGUGAGACUCAUCCUGCUUUUUGCUGCCCUUUGGGGACACAUCUACUGUCGAGAGGCAUUUGUGGGAGACCAAGUUCUUGAGAUCACACCAAGCAAUGAAGAAGAGAUUCAGAACCUGAUGCAGCUAGAGGCUGAAGAACAUCUCCAGCUUGACGUCUGGAAAUCACCCACCAUCCCAGGGGCCGCCGUGCAUGUUCGGGUUGCCUGUGUCAGUGCCCAGGCCGUCAAAGUUUUCUUGGAGUCCCAGAGAAUUGCUUAUUUCAUGAUUGAAGGUGUUCAGGUAAUUGCACCAAUGGGUUUAUCUUCGGUUCUGUUGGACAAAGAGAACAAAGAAAUGGAACUGAAUCGGAGAAGAGACUGGAACGGGAAGUUCAAUUUUGGUGUCUACCAUACCUUGGGAGAGAUUUAUCAAGAAAUGAACAACCUUGUGGCGGAGCACCCGGGGCUAGUGAGCCAAGUGCGCAUUGAAAACCGGCCCUUGGACGUGCUCAAGUUCAGCACCGGAGGUGACAAGCUGGCCACCUGGCUUGAUGCGGGGAUCCAUGCACGAGAGUGGGUUCCACAAGCUACUGCGCUGGGGAUAGCAAAUAAGAUCGCCCCCGACUAGGGAAGUGACCCAUCCGUCAUGUCCAUCCUGCACACCCUGGACAUCUUCCUGCUGCCCGUUACACACCCUGACGGCUAUGUGUUCUCGCAGACCGAAAAUCGAAUGUGGAGCAAGACGCGGUCCAAGGCGUCCGGAAGCUUUUGCGUCGGCGUGGAUCCUAACCGGAACUGGGACGCGGGAUUCGGAGGCCCUGGAGCCAGUAGCAGCCCCUGCUCUGAUUCCUACCAUGGACCCCGGGCCAACUCGGAAGUGGAAGUGCAAGCCAUAGUGGACUUUAUCACUUUACUCCUCACCCUCCACAGCUAUUCCCAGCUGCUGAUGUUCCCUUACGGCUGCAAGUGUGCCAAGCCACAGAGCUUCGAUGAGCUGAAUGAAGUAGGCAAAAAAGCUGCCUAGUUGCUGGCCAGCCGUGGUACCAAGCACGAAGUGGGACGGAUCUGCUCAGUUGUCUGGAAGUUCCUGCUGCAUGUCUGUUUAGGAGGGGCCUCAGGGCAGUCGGCUGAGUCAUGCCUGUCCUUGAGCCCCAUCACCUGUCACAUCAAAGGCCUUACGUGUCAGGUGCACUUACUGGAUCGCUUCAAGCGCCUGAAGAGACCCCGGGAGUGCUACUUGGUGUUGGAGCAGAACCAAGCCAGUAGCGGAAGCAUUGACUGGUCCUAUGAUUUUGGCAUCAAAAACUCAUUUGCCUUUGAGCUGAGGGACACGGGCCACUAUGGCUUUCUCCUGCCAGCCACGCAGAUACUGCCCACGGCCGAAGACAUUAUGGAGCAUGUGCGGGACCACCCCUGUUCAGGCUGUGGAGGUGGGCACAGGAUCUGCAGCUGA